AAGUUAAUGAUUACUGAAGGUCAGUUCCAGACUCUGGGUUCAGGAUAAAGGACAGAAAGAAGACGAGAGAGAGGAGCGAUAGAAGGAUAGCAUGAUGAGGAUUAUACUCGUUCUUCUUCUCUCUGUCCUCCUGCUGCAGCUUAGCUGCUCGAAAGAAGAAACGAAGGAUUCAUCCAGAUUCACAGACACACAGCAAUCACAGAAAAUAUCUAAACCCCCCCACAAAUUAACCACUCCCACUCCCCCUCCUACUCCCACUCCUACUCCCACUCCUACUCCCACUCGUUCUGAAAUCCCACCCUCCAGCCUGUUCUCUCAGGAGUGUAGGUUUGGGAAAUACACACGUUCGUCCUGUGCUAAAGUCUUCUGUCCUCCAUGGCAGCGCUGCAUCAAUGGUCAGUGUGUGUGUAAACUGCCCUAUCAGUGUCCUCGGAACAGACCUCUAGUGUGUGGACUGGACGGGAAUAGUCACCUGACCAUGUGCCACUCUCAGGCCCACGCCUGCCGAUCUAAAAAACCUGUCUUCUCGCACUUCUCAAACCUCGGAUCAUGUGAAGAAAACUUUUUUAAAGUGCAGUUACAGGAGAUCAAGGGUCUGCAGGUGGUUAAGAUGGCAGCAGGUCAAGAUAAUCUGCCGAUCUGUGCUUUAGACUCGUGGAACAUGGCGGCAGCUAAUGUCAUCUGCAGGCAAACAAAUAAUGAUGCUAGAGGAGCCCUGGCGUUGGGGAAGACAAAGUUCAAGGAUGUAAAAGAAGCCUUUCCUAAAAAGAAGCAGUGUAUGAGUGUGAGGUGUACGGGGGCGGAGCGUAGUCUGCCUGAGUGUGUACUUUACAAACCUCAAAACAUGACAAAGCAAACACCUGUUGCUACGGUAACAUGCUACACGGAACAACAAGACAGGGAGGAGUGUUCCGAGUUCCACUGUGUUAAUGAGAAGUGUGUGUCUUGGGCACAAAUUUGUGAUGGAGUGGACGACUGUGGAGACAACAGUGACGAAAUGUGCUGCACUGGUUGCCAAAAUGAUGCUUUCCACUGUACCAGUGGAGUGUGUCUCCCACGUUACGCUGUUAAAGAUCAGAUACGGGAUUGUUUAGGAGGAGAAGACGAACUGGAACCAGACACACAUCUCGGACCAAACGUCACAGAGAUUCACCCGAAAACAGAUUCAACAGUGGAAAAGGUAGAGAAAGCACCAGAGCGAAAGGUGAAGCCUGAAAUAGAGGUCUGGUCGAGUCCUGUAGAAGAUAUCCAGCAAUCACGCAAUCACACUGAGACCCUGCAUUGUGGAAUUCCCAACACAGACUAUCUGAAUAAGGCAGAGGAAGAAAUACGACCUAGGCGCAUUAAACGUGUGGUGGGCGGAGAAGAAGCUCGGCCGACUCAGAUACAGUGGCACGUGGCUGUGCAGACUGUUCCAGAUGAUAGAAUCUACUGUGGUGGUGUUUAUCUGGGCGGCUGCUGGGUACUAACUGCAGCACACUGCCUCAGCCAGAAGCCCCAUGCAUUCAAGAUUAAAUUCUCUCUCUGGAAAAAGUUGUCUAAUCAGAAGACCACUGACAUCGUCCCUGUGAAAAACAUCUUCAUGCACCAUAAUUACAACCCACGCACCUAUGAGAAUGACAUCGCGCUCAUCCAACUAAAGGAGCUGGCUAACGAGAAGAUUUGUAUCAAUCCAAACCCGGCCGUGCGGCCCAUCUGUGUUCCCUGGUCCCCGCUGCAGUUUCCUGACAACUACACCUGCACCAUCUCUGGUUGGGGACGCAACAAAGAGGGACAGAGUGUGAAUAUACUGAGGUGGGCCAAUGUGAGUCUCAUCUCUAACUGCAGGAACUACUACAAGGAACGCUUCCAUGAUGGAAUGAUGUGUGCAGGUGAUCUGGAAGGGAAGGUGGACUCGUGCCAGGGCGACUCCGGAGGCCCGUUAGUGUGUCAGGAUGCGAGCGGUGUGUCGUACGUCUGGGGAAUCGUGAGCUGGGGAGAAAAGUGCGGGGAAGCCGGCUACCCUGGAGUGUAUACUAAAGUUGCUCACUAUUUCGAGUGGAUUCGACUAAUCACCGGCUGGUCUGUUGUCACCAAGUACAAUCAGUGAGGUGGAAACAAGCUAAUAAUGCUAAUGAUGUAGCUGAAGUUGAAACAGAUGAUGUAUUUUAAAGUAAAUGCCUUGUUUUGAUUAUAAUUUUUGCUAUAUUAAUAGCAACGUUUCAUGAGAGUUAAUUCUUUGACUUUAAUUUCAUGGUUCUCAUUAAAAGUUUUACAAGCCAA